AGAAAAAAAAACAAAAUCUUAGUAUUACACUCCAUUUCUGCGAAGAAAAGUGUGCGUGAGAGAGAAAAACAGAAACCGAUCGAAGAUGUUUCUCCGUGCGGUGGCGCGGCCAUUGAUGGCGAGGAUAAAGCAAACAACAGGGAUCGUCGGACUAGACGUUGUUCCGAACGCAAGAGAGGUUCUAAUAGGUCUUUACAGUAAGACACUCAACGAGAUCCAGAAGGUUCCAGAAGAUGAAGGCUAUCGUAAAGCUGUUGAAAGCUUUACCAAUCACAGGCUUAAGGUUUGUCAGGAGGAAGAAGAUUGGGAGAAAAUUGAGAGUCGUCUUGGUUGUGGUCAGGUUGAAGAACUCAUUGAAGAGGCUCAGGAUGAACUCAAACUCAUCGGCUAUAUGAUUGAAUGGGAUCCUUGGGGUAUCCCUGAUGAUCACGAAAUUGAGAUGGUUGAAAAUGAUGCACCAAUUCCAAAGCACGUUCCUCAACACCGACCUCUUCCUCUCCCUAAGGAAUUUCGAGAUACGUUAGAGGCACUUAUGUCUCAACCAGGAAUGACAGAAAAGCUUGAGGCUCUUGUAUCUAAAUCAGUAAAAGAUGGUGCUGGUGCCAGCUCUAGUGAAGAACCCUCAAAGCCAAAGCCUUGAACCUCAGCAAUGCUUUGAAUUCUCCAUUUCAACGUGUUUUCCCUUUAAUUGCAUUAUUAAACUAAACUGGUUGUGUUAAGUAGUUUCAGGGACAAAUCCUCUGCUCCAAAACAACUUCAAAGGUUUGAAAUAACAAGAAAUAUCAUUGUACUCUAUGCUUGACAUGAUUUUUGAUAUUAAGAGCUUCCAUAAUGAACUAUCUGUUGAAUAAA